AUGUCAACUCCAAAGGGGGCUCGCCAGCGUAAGGGCGGUGGAAAGGCCGCACAAGCGUCUACCAAGGCUUCUGAGCCUGAAUCUACUCCCGCGGCGCCAGUUGAACACAGAGCGGGAAGCAAAGUAAGAGCUGUUCUAUGGGGAGGAGCUGCAGUUCUGGCUCUAUUGGCUUCACGGUACCCGCAACAAGUCGCGAGCGGAGUGAACUGGUUCCUCGGCGUCGAAGAGGAUUCGCGAAAGAACUGGCUACCUGGCGCAACGCCUCAGGGCUAUAUCGGAUUCGACAAUGACGAACCGAGGCAGCAGGCGAUCGUUCAAGCGUUCCAGCACGCUUGGAGCGCGUACGAGCGUGACGCUAUGGGCAUGGACGAGUAUCAUCCCAUCAGCAAGGGUGGUUCCCUUCUCACUGCGGCCGGCGGCAUCGGAUACACCGUAGUCGACUCGCUCGAUACGAUGCUUAUUAUGGGCCUGAAGGAGGAGUAUGAGCGCGCACGCCAGUGGGUUGAGAACGAGUUGACGUUCGACCGUGAUGGGGAGUACAACACCUUCGAGACGACCAUCCGUGUGCUUGGUGGACUCCUUUCUGCAUACCACUUAUCUGGUGGUGACAAACUCUUCCUCGACAAAGCCAUCGACCUAGGAGACAGGAUGCUCCCCAUCUUCAGCGCAGGCGGCGUCGGCUUACCCACCGGCAAAGUCAACCUCGGACAACGAAAGGGCGUCGUCGACAUGGACAACAACGGCUAUGUCAGCACCGCAGAGGCUACGACGUUGCAGCUCGAGUUCAAGUACCUGUCGGCGCUUACAGACGACGAUGUGUACUGGCGUAAGGCCGAAAGGGUCAUGGCUAUCGUCAAAGCCAACACGCCCACUCCACCUCUGGCUACCAUUUACAUCAAUCCCAUGAACGGCAAGUUCCACACCGCGGCCAUCCGUCUAGGGUCCCGCGGAGAUUCAUACUAUGAGUAUCUCAUCAAGCAGUACAUCCAAACGAACGGGACGGAAGAGGUGUAUCGGGAUAUGUACUCGAAUGCCAUCGACGCCGUGACGGCCCACCUUGUGCAGAAGAGCAUGACUACCGGCCACAUCUAUACCUCGGAGCUCAUCCCUCAAUUUCUCAAGGACGGCGGCCUGAACUGGCGCUCUGAACCAAAACAGGACUUCCUAGUCUGCUUCCUCGGCGGCACACUCAUGCUCGGCGCAACCCGCGCCCACGCCGUCGUAGACCAAGUUUCGAUCCCGCCAAAAGCCAGCGAGCUCUCUGAGCAAGGCCAACGCGACUGGAAGACGGGUGUCGCGCUCAUCGAGACGUGCAUGCAUACGCACGAUACCCUCACAGGCCUCGCACCCGAGAUCGCGCACUUCCGCACCCCGAACGACGGGCUUGAUAAGGAGAUCGGCGGGGGUAUGCCCCGCGACUGGUACAUCAAGGGCGCAAAGCCUGGUGCACCUUCGCCGUACGACGCGCGGUACAUGCUGCGCCCGGAGACGGUCGAGAGUCUAUUCUACGCGUUCCGUCUCACUGGCGAUGUCCGGUACAGGAAUCAUGGAUGGAAUAUCUUCCGCGCUAUCUUGAAGCAUUGUCGCGUACCGAGCGGUGGGUUUGCUACGGUGCUUAAUGUUGAUCAGAUGCCGGUGAAGGUUGAGGAUAAGAUGGAGACGUUUUUCAUGAGCGAGACCCUCAAGUACCUCUAUCUGCUCUUCUCAGACAAUCAGACGAUACCCUUAAGCGACUACGUCUUCAACACAGAAGCGCACCCCCUACCCAUCUUCAAGCCAACCAUUCGUACUGGCUUCAGCUAA